CACAUGAAGGUAACAAAACUUCAACUUCAGCCUAAAGCUGCCAUGCAUUUCCUGAACGCGCUGCGCCUGUCAAACUCUGCUCAACUGAUGGUCAAAAGUACAGAUGUGGCGAAGAAGGUUUUCAUCGUGCAACCAGCAUGCUGUUUGGGCACGAAAUCAAUAACUCAGUUUCAGAGACGAUCCCCUGCACUACGCGAUCGUUUGCAUCUGAAAAUGAAUAUGCAUUCAAAGCCAUCUGGUUCCGGAGUGGAAAACAUGCUUUUCUACACCAUCACAGAGGGAAAAGAGCAAGUGCCCAUCUCAUACUUUACAGCAGCACUGAAAAAAAAUGGCCUUCACCCAUCCGAUCCUCGCCUUAAAGACUGCAUGGAGAAGCUCCGAGAGGCCGUGAAGGAAUCUGUUGGCGAGGUGAUGAUGGACAAAGACCUUUUCCACAGAUGUGUAGGAGGAAACAUUGUUCUGCUAAUCCAGGCCUUCAGGAAGAAGUUUAUCAUCCCUGAGUUUGACCUGUUUGUACAGAAAAUAAAUGAAAUCUACAAAAACGUGCAGAAGCAAAGUGAUGGGAAGGUUGCAGACUACAUUCCCCAGCUGGCUAAAUUCAGCCCAGAGCUAUGGGGUGUGUCUUUGUGUACAGUUGACGGACAGAGGCACUCAGUAGGCCACACCAAACAGCCGUUUUGCCUGCAGUCCUGCGUGAAGCCCCUGCAGUAUGCCAUUGCCGUACAUGAGUCAGAAACUGAGAAGGUUCACCGCUAUGUUGGCAUGGAGCCCAGUGGACUCAAGUUCAAUGUGCUUUCACUUGAUGAUGAAGAUAAGCCCCAUAAUCCCAUGGUGAAUGCUGGAGCCAUUUUGAUCAGCUCUCUUAUCAAGCCUCACUCAAAUAAGGCAGAAAAGUUUGACUAUGUUAUGGAGUUUGUGAAAAAGAUGGCUGGCCAAGAAUAUGUAGGAUUCAGCAAUGCCACGUUCCAGUCAGAAAAAGAAACAGGCGACAGAAAUUUUGCCAUCGGAUACUACAUGAAAGAGAAGAAGUGUUUUCCUCUGGGAGCAGAUAUGAUCGAUGCCCUUGACUUCUACUUCCAGCUUUGCUCCAUUGAGGUAACCUGUGAGUCAGGAAGCAUCAUGGCUGCCACUCUGGCCAAUGGGGGAAUUUGCCCAAUUACAGGCGAGCGUGUCCUGAGUACUGAGGCUGUGCGAAACACCCUGAGCCUCAUGCACUCCUGUGGCAUGUAUGACUUCUCCGGCCAGAUGGCUUUUCAUGUGGGCUUGCCUGCAAAAUCAGGAGUAUCCGGUGCAAUUCUGUUGGUGAUCCCCAAUGUGAUGGGAGUGAUGUGCUGGUCUCCUCCACUGGACAGGGUUGGAAAUAGUGUCCGAGGAAUACACUUCUGUCAGGAACUUGUGUCAGUGUUCAAUUUUCACAAUUACGACAACUUGAGGCACUUUGUAAAGAAACAGGACCCUCGCAGACAGGAUGGAGAUGACAGGAACAAGUCUGUUUUCAACUUGUUGUUUGCUGCCUACAGUGGAGAUGUAUCGGCACUGAGAAGAUUUGCACUUUCUUCCAUGGACAUGGACCUCAAAGACUAUGAUUCUCGAACAGCGCUUCAUGUUGCUGCAGCUGAGGGUCACAUGGAUGUAGUAAAAUUCCUCACUGAAACCUGCAAAGUUGAUCCAUUUGUAGAAGACAGGUGGGGGAAUCUACCGGUCGAUGAUGCCAUGCAAUUUGGGCAUGACGAGCUAGUGAAGGUGCUCAAAGAUUACCAGCAAGAGUGCAGGCAGCAGGAAAAGAAGCAGAGUGAAGCUGUGCAUCCCCAGAAGCUUGACACCAUUGAUGGCAUGGUGUGAUAGCUAAAAUGAAGUUCUGAAAUUGUAAUACAUCAGGGCAUUUGUGCAAUUUUCCAAGUUUAGAAAUAUGGGUGUCCAUUUGUAGCACGUAACAUGAGUGACGCACAAACAACAGAAUAUAACUGUCAUGGAGCUUUAUGAAAGAUUUUCUUCAAAUUCCAGUCAGGUGAAUAUUUUAUUUAGCAUUUCCUUUUUGUGAUUUUGAGUCUUUUUGUUAGAAACACUAGGUAAGUAGGUUGGUGCCACCCAUGUAAUUUUGAGCUUGUUUUGAGUUGAGGUUUAGGGUCUUUCCCUCUUGUUUUUGCUUUUCUAGGAUAAUAGCUCAGCUAAGUUUUGGUUUUGUCGUUUUGGUGUUUUUUUUGGCACAACCUAACUGUCCCUUUCUCCCCCACAUUUGUUGUUUGAGUCUGGGUUAUUUAUUUUGUGAGAGCGCUGCCAUUAAACCUUUUUCAUAACACCUGUACCGAGUUUCCGGAGUUGUUGUGUUAUCCCCUCCUGCCCUCGAGGAGACGCAACAAUUGCAUUUUUAGAACACUACAGUCCGUAUAGCAUUUCUGUUCUAUAAUGUAUAUAUGUGUGAGGUUCACUUGAUUGAUAUCUCUGUCAAAGUGCAACCGAGUACAAUGCAGUGCCACACAAAGGGAAAUUGAUGCCACCUGACUCAAAGUUACAUGGAUUUCAGCAGCAGGUGACAGGGUGUAAAAGAUUUUUGAUGACAGGAAGGUGCUUGUUGUUUUUGUUCUAUAAAGGAUUUUCCCUCCUUUGCCUUGUCUGAAUGUUGUGUGACACUCGUCUUUUUUACUCCCAGUCAAACCAACUAUCAAACUCAGCGUAUUUAAAUUAUUUGAAAUCCAUACCAUAAACACAAUGACAUAAUAUCACAGUUAUAACACAUAGUGACCAACUUAAUGUUAAUUUAUUAUGUAUAUGUUUAUACCUUGACUUGGGAAAACUGCAUGUUUUUUACUGUAAAAAAAGAGACAAUGAGUGUCUCAGUGUGGUACUUUAUGAUCUCCAGCCUCAUAAUAAAUUAGGUUCCAAAAACUAAAUGAUGUGAAAGGUUUGGCAUUAAAGCCAUGUAUGCCACCCAUAGCUUGAUUUUAUUUUGAUUUUAUUAAGCUAGUCAGUGCUUCAUAGUGUGACAAAUUUGAUAUUAAAUAUUUUGCAGCACCGAGUAAAUCAACUGAAUACAUGAUGAAAAAGCAGCAGGAGUGUGUUUUGCAUAAUCAAGAUAUUUCAAUGAAAACAAAUGGAACAAGUAAUGUAAUAAGAACUAUUUAGCGAGAUAUAACAAAUGUGCACCACAUUAUUUUAACCAUAUAAAGACUGUACCAUGAAAUAAUUGCCAAAAAAAUCACAUUUUCUGAAACAGGAUUGUGUAUUUAACCUUCUGAAAAAUGUAAUAAAUAAAUAAAUAU